UUCAAAGAACUGAUCAACUGUGAAAGUACUGAGCCGGGAAAUUCUCCCGCCGACCUGGUAAGUCCGUAUUUCUGCCGCUAAAAAGAUAAACACCUCAUUACUGGGAUAAAAGGAAGAYUUUUCUCUUUGGGAGAGAGAUUAAAUUCUAAAUUAGACAGUUUUGUUUUGAGAGGAAAGUCCUUCAUGUUAUAAAGAUACCAUGGCGAAAUGUAAAGAGAACAGCAGCGAGCUUUGCAUGGAAACGAUUCUUGGAAAUGCAUCGCGACAAGSAACGGAGGACUGUUUCGACGACCAGUACUCUCGUAGCGCUAAAACAACAGCUUGCAUCACGAUAUUAUUGGUGACAAUCGUCCUUAAUUUAUUGGUAAUAUAUCCCGUGUACAAGUACAAGAAGAUGCGAAAGAAUAUCAACUAUUUCAUCGUUAACAUGGCCAUCAGUGACAUUCUYCUCGCUUCACUCACUAACAUCUUCAUCGUCGAGCAAAUGGUUUCUGGAGAUUGGCAUUGGAAGAUCCAAGGGGCAGCUGGUCGUAUAACUUGUAAAAUGAUGAACUUUAUGACAACAAUGCUACUUCUUGUUUCGCCUAAUACUUUAUUUUUCAUGACUUUGGAAAGAUACCGAGGUGUGUCGUCGAAAACAGCGCUGCGUAGCAUGUCUCGUUCAAUGAGAUGGUGCUGYAUUAGUAUGUGCUGGAUAAUUCCGUCUAUACUUUACGCCGUCGAACUUUUCAGAGUCGAUCUUUCGUAUWACAACGAAAUCCCUUAUUGUGUUGUUAUAAAGAAUCUUCGACAUUUAAACUAUCUUAUAGGGCUUUUCACAUUYUAUGUGAUUCUCUACAUCGCAGUGUUUCUUCUUGGGUUUCUAACUCUGAGAAAACUUAAGAAAUCCGAACAAUCGAUAACAGUUGAAGAAAGCCGGCAGAGAAAGCGAAGAAGUGAGCGAAUAAGAAGUGCUGUUAGAAUGGUGCUAUGUUCUCUGUGCUCGUUCAUUCUACUCUCCACUCCAUAYCAUGUUUUUAUGCUUUUGGACAAGUUGUACCCAAAAAUUAUACCGUGCAAGCCGAAGAUUAACCUCAACUUUGUCUUCCGCUAUCUAAUUUCACUUAACUCGGCUUUGAGCCCUUGUAUCUAUUUCAUCUUCAUCAGGGAUUUUAGAACGUUUGUAAGGGGAGUAUAUUCAGCCAAAACACGAGAGACUUCAAAAACGGAACUUUGCGCACUGCAAACRCAUCAAUAAAAUACAAUAUUUUCGUGUCUCACAUAACUAGAAAACUACAGAGAGCUUAUACAGGAUGAUACAACAGCUUCAUUGAUUCAGUGGGUGGUUAUAGUUCUUCACUCAAGUUAACCAUGGUACAAGCUGUGGUACAACUACCGCCUGUGGAUUUUAAUUAAUACGUCUUACGUAAUGAUUGCACUGCUUAUCGCGCCACCAUWUUUGCAGCACYAGUUCAAUUAUUAGUGUGAAUAAUUAAUUAAUAGCUGYACUCAUCACUUGGAAUUAAAUAAGUGGAUUCACUGUGGAAUCUCAUGUACGAAAAUGUCUGAUUCUAGCUUAGUGAUAUCAAUGAUAGGGAGAAAGAUCGAAUAAUAUUACAUAAUAAAGAAUGAUAAUCUUAUGUUGAGUAAUAGGUGAAAUGUUCUAGGUUUUUGUUAAAGAGGCUACAUAAAUUGACUUUGUAUGUAAUAUUAAAUAAAAUAGCUUUCUCUUGGUACGCGUCACCUCAAAAAAACGGAUAUGUCAUAUAUGGGAAUAAUAUACCAUAGCUGCUACAAGUUGUUUCUCGCCAGCAACCCAUCGAUUUUUAGUAGCGGUAAUUUGACGAUCAUUUUCAACGAAAGAUUUAGUCAUUUUAGGAUAAAUCGAUUGCUGUGAUCUUGUUUGUCAAAUUUUCCGAAAAUUGCACGAAAAAAACAAAAAAACAAAAAACAAAAAACAAAAAACAAAAACAAAAAAAAAAAACAACAACAACACUGAAGACUUUUGACCCAUUGGUAAUCUUCAAGUUCCCGAAAGACAGGUUCGAAGUUGUAAUCCUUUUUACAAAGCUGAUCAAUAUAUAUGAAAAAUUACCAUAUAGCUAGUCAUUUUACGGCUAAUAAAGCGAAUAUCGAGUUAUUAUCACCUAAGAAAUGUAGAUUCUUAGUAAAAUCUACUUAACAAAAACAACGAAAAAUGGGAUAUCGCAUUACUCUGACUCGAAGAAAACAGCUUAGACAGCUUGUGAAACGAUAAACGUUAACACUAAGUAAACGAAGUCAUCCUGUGUUUCUUACAAAUCUUUAUUUAUAAGUCUGAAUAAAAAGAUGAAAAUCUGGAUUUAGAAUUUUCAUAAGAAAAGCUUCAAUUUUACGCGAAAGUUAAAGCGAUACUUUAUUUCUUGUAAAGCUUCCUCGAUGACCACCGUAGCGAGAGACACGUUUUACAGGGAAUUAAAAAGUGCAAAAUGGUUUAGAUGUAGCUCUUCCACGCCUCGAAUUAACGAGAUGAUUGUACAAGGUGAGGUGCAUGAUCCGUUGUCGCGAAACGUCAAUCGAGGAAGGAUUCGAAAGAAAGUUUCAAGGUGUCACAACGCCUWAGCUGUUCAUUAAGAGAGAAGGAGUGCUAUUAAUUUGAAUUGGAAUUAGUUUGUCACGAAAAUAAAAUAUCAUUUGUCAUUUGUUU